CAUAUAUAGUUUGAAAAAUGCACAUCUUGGGAUUGGCAUUAAUCUGCUUCUGGUUUGGUUUUGCUGAAAGUUGUGAGAAAGUCUGCGCUCAUAACUUUAAGCCCAUGUGUGGUCACGAUGGAAAGUGUUUUACGGAAGCGGUAAAUGCCUGCCAAAUGAGAAAUAUAAAUUGUGUAAGAAUUGCUAAGGGAAAACCAGUUUUUAAAAAAUUGCAUCUUGGAGCGUGUCAAAGAUAUUUUACAAUUUGUAAAAUGUUACCCGAAGAUUGAAUGUAACCAUUUUUACAUAUGGUAGAAAGUCAAAUUGGGAGUGGUGUGAAAUCGAAAGAAAUUGUUACUAAUUAAAUGGACAUUUAAACUAAGCGCA